CAACGUCGACAUCAGCAGCGGGGCUUCCUCCAUAAUGUAGCCCAAACAGAGCCAGCAACAUCCACCGUGGAGCACCGACACAUGCCCGGGCUGCGGUGCUGAAAACAGAAGCGGAAACGGGGCGGUGAUUCUCUCUGCUGGGGUGAAAAUGAAGGAGCUGAAGGGCUGCGGUAUGCGCUCCUCGGUGGGCUUUCUGUCCCGCAGAGAGCUGACUGGGCAGCCGCUCAUGAAGGAGGAAUUCCAGAGACGCAGGCUGGCAGGCUGCACCAGCCUCUACAAGAAGGAUAUGCUGGGACAUUUCGGCUGUGUCAACGCCAUCGAGUUCUCCAACAACGGCGGAGAAUGGCUGGUGUCCGGAGGAGACGACCGGCGGGUUCUGCUGUGGCACAUGGAGAAAGCCAUCCACGCUCGGUCCAAACCUGUGAAGCUGAAGGGAGAACACCUGUCAAACAUUUUCUGUUUGGCCUUCGACAGCACCAACAAGAAAGUUUUCUCUGGAGGAAAUGAUGAGCAGGUGAUUCUUCAUGAUGUGGAGAGAAGGGAAACUCUGAACGUCUUCCUGCACAUCGAUGCCGUGUACAGUUUGUCCGUCAGCCCGGUCAACGACAACGUGUUCGCCAGCUCAUCCGACGACGGGCGCGUUCUCAUCUGGGACACCCGUGAGCCGCCAAACGCAGAGCCGUUUUGCCUGGCCAGCUACCCAUCAGCCUUCCACAGCGUGAUGUUUAACCCCGUCGAGCCCAGACUGAUUGCCACAGCGAACUCCAAGGAGGGGGUUGGACUGUGGGACAUCCGCAAACCACGCAGCUCGCUGCUGCGUUACGGAGGCAGCAUGUCCCUGCAGAGCGCCAUGAGCGUCCGUUUUAACAGCACAGGCACUCAGCUUCUGGCUCUGCGGCGCCGCCUGCCGCCCGUCCUCUACGAGCUGCACUCUCGCCUGCCCAGCUUCCAGUUUGACAACCAGGGCUACUUCAACUCCUGCACCAUGAAGAGCUGCUGCUUCGCUGGGGACAAAGAUCAGUACAUCUUGUCUGGAUCGGAUGACUUCAACCUCUACAUGUGGAAAAUACCGAAGGAUCCAGAAGCUGGAGGCCCGGGUCGGGUGGUAAACGGGGCUUUUAUGGUCCUGAAGGGUCACCGCUCCAUAGUGAACCAGGUCCGCUUCAACCCACACACCUACAUGAUCUGCUCCUCCGGCGUGGAGAAAGUCAUCAAGGUGUGGAGUCCGUACCAGCAGCCCAACAGUCUGGGCGACCUGGAGGGCAGAGUGGAGGACAAAUCCCGCAGCCUCUACACCCAUGAGGAGUACAUCAGCCUGGUGCUGAACAGCGGCAGCGGCCUGUCCCACGACUACGUCAGCCAGUCCAUCCAGGAGGAUCCUCGCAUGAUGGCGUUUUUUGACUCGUUGGUGCGGCGAGAGAUCGAAGGCUGGAGCUCCGAUUCUGACAGCGACCUGAGCGAAGAAGCGAUCAUGCAGCUGCAUGCAAGAGGUCGGCGCUCUGCUCGAGCCACACCCACAGCCCCCACCGCUCCGUCUGCUGCAGGUCACCACAGUGACUCGGACAACUCGUCUUCUUCUUCUCUGGCUGGACCGGAUGCCUCCGGAGGGGAGGAGACAGCCGGAGCGGAGGCAGAGGGGCGGCAGAGGAGGCGGAGCAGACAUCAGCGGCAUCAGUCAGGCUUCCUUGUGAAUGAAGACUCGGACUCGAGCGAAUUUUGGCUCGACCCCAUGCCGCGUCCUCGCUCCCCGAGCCCUAGAGACAACUCGACGCUGUCAAGCCCCACCUCCUCUCCUUCGCUUCCUGCUGGAGCCUCCAGCUCGUCCACGUCCACCUCCAGCUCCAGUAGCGACGACGAGGAGCGGCGAAGCGCAGUGAGGCGGCGCAACGUCAUGAGGCGAAGACGCAUGCAUGUCGUCUCCAGAGCUGGGGACCGACCCGAGUCUGUGCAGGCGCUGUUCUCUGCUGUCGACUCAUGCAGUUACCCGUCGAUAUCAGUGGACGAUCUGUCGUCGUCUUCAUCAGGCGGCGAGCAAAACUCGCUCCAGAUCAAGCCGCUCAGAGAAGACGAGAAAUGUCUGAGCCCGUCUGACUUUGUAUGUCCGAGCCCGGUGAUGUCCCCUGCAAGCCAUGAGAACGACGACAGCGGCGAGCGGACUGAGCUGGAGAGGCUUUCAGCGGCGUCUCCGCCGUCACACGGCGGACUCAGGACUGAACAAAGAGCAGCAACGGACGGCUCUGACAGCGGGGAGGCCUGUAGCAGCGCCGGGGCUUUGGACGGUAGCUCACAGAGUAGACGCAGCCCCGGAGCCAAUGGGCAGCACCGGACUGUGGCCCCAUGUGUGAGCGAAAACCUCCAUGUGUCGUCAGAAUCAGACGAAGACGACACGAGGCCACAGAGGGAGAAAAGCGCUGCACAGAGCGCGCUCAAACGGACUCAUGUGGCGUCAGAGGAGAGCGAGUCCGGCUCUUCGCCAUCAGAGAAGAAGCUAAAAACGUAACAAUGCUGGAAAGAUCAUUUGUUAACAGACUCUAAGGGAGAUUUCUGUAUUUAUGAAGUUGGAUUUAAUGAGGUUCUUGAUUAUAGUGAUGGCAUUCUUCUCUAGGGAUGUUUCUGUGCGUUAUCUAUUUAAGGAGAGCACACCCAGGGUAAAGUGAUCUAGGCUAUACAGCACUACAGACGGCUACACUUGUUCCAUAUAAUUCUGCAAAUUUUAGUCUAGCCUUGUGAUACUAAUAUCACACCUACACCUCCAGGUAGCAUGGAAUCUCACCUGCUCACCGGCUUCUACUUUAGAGUCUCACCUCUCUCUGUCUUCCUACUCAGUCUCCAUCAUUAGAAGUUGUUCCUCUGUGUACUAUGUUGUUUCUGUUGAAGCAUGCAGACCAAAACAGCUGAUCAAGGGGUGAUGAUACGCUGAGGCGGAAGAACACAAAGCUGAAAGUGGCAUCGCAAAAUAGUGCCAAACACAGAAAUGAUUGUUUUGGGCAUUUUUUUCCUGAAAAUUGCAGAAUUACACUGAGAAACUUUACCUUUAUUUAACCUAGCUUACUUUCUGGUAGCACUCUCCUUAAAGGGGCAGUGCAUGCUGAAAUCUGUUAAAGCUAAUGCCACUACUACUGCAAAGCACCAAACACAAUCCAACUUCAAAAACACUGAACUAUCCCUUUAAAUCAGGAAGUGGGUUUUCUAUGGGUUUUUUCAACUCAGAUUUUUAUUUUGCCUCUGGUAGUCAUGUGACACAUGAACUGAAAACAGCAGAAGACUUGAUAAAAGAGGCAAAGGUUAAUUUUUUUGUGUAAGCAUAGAUUUAACAAUGUCAUCAUCCUUUUGGUCAAACCAUAGAUGACGGUAAAAAGACUGAAGAUAUGAAACAAAGCUAAUAUUGUUGAUAACAAUGCUAUUUUUAAGUGAAGACAUUUAUUUUCAGUGUUUCUUUCUCACGCUCUGGUUGUUGCAGAAAGCUCCACCCAGGAUUUGAAGCUCCUCCAACCAUAACAAAAAAAAGGUCUUAUAGAGGACAAAAGCUUUGCAGCAUUGCAGUUCCUCCGGUUUCAUGCUGAGCGAGGAUCUGAUGGGGCUUAUUUUUGAUUUUAACGUGAUUCUCAGCUAAGAGACUGCUGCAGGGAGGCUGGAGGACUGACCGUGUCUCUGUAGAAAUCUUACAGAGCUGAAUUCAUGAAGCUGUGCGUUAAAACGAUGCUCUCUCUCCGUCUCCUCUGGUUGUUUUUCUGUCUCAUUAUCCGGCCCUCCUGGGUAUCAGUACAAGCCAGUGCUCGCUUUUGUUUUCUGCAAUUAAAGAAGAAUUUGUUCUUCAAGUUGA